UACUACGGCUGCUCCUCGAGAUUGUCUCUCCACCUCCCCACCCCCUCGUUUAUUUUAAUGCUGCGGCCGGGUGUCGGGACUCGUUUGCGGGGGCGGAGGGAUACGCACGCGAGGGCGUGAGGUCGAGAAACGUUCGCGUCCUGCCGUUGGGCGCGAGAAGAGCGGGGAGGGGGCGGCGAUUCAGCCCGGGGCGGAAGGAGACGGACACCAGCGGAGAGCUGAAAGGUCGCGACGCCUGGUCCCCUCCCCCCCGUCACCAUGGCCGACCAGCUGACAGAGGAGCAGAUUGCAGAGUUCAAGGAGGCCUUCUCCCUCUUCGAUAAGGAUGGUGACGGCACUAUCACCACCAAGGAACUUGGCACUGUCAUGCGGUCUCUGGGGCAGAACCCCACCGAGGCUGAAUUGCAAGACAUGAUCAACGAGGUGGAUGCUGAUGGGAAUGGCACCAUUGAUUUCCCAGAAUUCCUCACUAUGAUGGCCCGGAAGAUGAAGGACACAGACAGCGAAGAAGAGAUCCGCGAGGCCUUCCGGGUCUUUGACAAGGAUGGCAACGGCUAUAUCAGCGCUGCAGAGCUGCGUCACGUCAUGACCAACCUGGGCGAGAAGCUGACAGAUGAGGAAGUCGACGAGAUGAUCCGAGAAGCUGACAUAGAUGGGGAUGGACAAGUCAAUUACGAAGAGUUUGUACAGAUGAUGACUGCCAAAUAGGAAGAGCGACUGCCACCCCUCCCCUUCCCUGUACAGAAUGGAAGGACUGCUUACCAUAGAGAUCUCACCCAGCCCCUCCCGUCUGUGACACUCAUGCUCCAUCAAUGCUUUAGCGGUUUGUGGCCAUUCUCUGCCAUCCCCCCCCCCUUCCACGCAGGACUAUGUGAACCCUUCUGCCCCCCCCCGCCCUUCCCUGCCAUGUUUACAUGCUAGCACCCAUAGUGGGUGCAGCUGGGACGGGGGUGGGGGGGAGAGCCAGGUGAGGAUGGGGGGAAGGCGGUGCUAAGAUCCUAGCAGGGGGAAGCCUGGAGGGCAGGAGCGGUGGGGGGAGUCCUCCCUCCUCAUUGGCUCCGUCCCUGGCUUGCACCUGCCUGUUUGUCCAAAGGCCACGUCCCAGCCAGCGCGUAAUCUUUGCAUCCCAUGGACUGUCAUGUGCGGCUGACUGCAGUUGUCUUCCUGGGAGUAUCUGCAUAUCUUGGGUAUAUUGUAACUGUUAACUUCCUAAUAAUGGCCAUGCCCCCCCCAAACCCUUCCUUCCCAGUGGCUUCAGGGAAUGCUUCUGUUCCAUUCCAGGUGGUGUAAGGUUUCUUUCUUUCUUUUUUCUCUUUUCUUUUUCCAAUAAAGUCUGUGUGUUU